CAGCAACAUAUUUAGGCGUAGGUCGAAUUCGGUACGUUUGCCCUUGCCCACUAGAGGGCUGCCGUCGUGACGUCACAAAAAAAAUGAAUCAGUUUCGAGUGGACCGUCGGGUUCUGGUUCGAUGAAAGUUGCCGAAAAGUAAAAUAAUUUUCGAAGAUCUGUAAAGAGCAAUCGUAUUAUUUAAUUUGUACAUAAAAUCAUUAAUCAAUAAUGGUGGACUAUUAUAAAACUUUGGAACUGCCUAGAACAGCAACUAGUGUCGAUAUAAAGAAAGCAUAUAGAAAACUUGCUUUGAGAUGGCAUCCUGACAAAAAUUUAGAAAAAAAAGAUGAAGCAGAACGCAAGUUUAAAGAAAUAUCCGAGGCAUACGAAGUGUUGUCAGAUGAAAGAAAGAAGCGACUUUAUGAUCUCCAUGGUAAAGACGGUUUAACAGGCAGCACUCGCAGUCGGUACAGACGUCACCACCAUCACGGUACCACAUCGCUUUUUGAUGAUUUCGGUUCCACUUUCCAUUUCAAGUUCCGUGAUCCGGAAGAUGUGUUCCGAGAAUUUUUUGGUAGCGAUUUCUCUUCAAAUUUCUUUGAUAGUUUUUUUAAUCGCCACACAAGGAGGACAGAUUCUUCUGCUAUUAAUAGACGAGAGAGGUCAAGCAAUAUUUUUGGGUUUCCCGGAUUAGAUUUUACAUCUCCAUUUCAUGAUUUAUCAAGAACAGGCUAUACAAGUUUUAACCAGUAUUUCCGAGAAGCACCACAGAAGCCUGGAAUAAGAAAAACAACAACAUCCACACGCUUUGUAAAUGGGAAAAAAAUAGAAACAAGAAGAAUUAUGGAAAAUGGCACAGAGACAGUAACUGUUCAAGAAGAUGGAGUACUAAAAUCUAAAACAGUCAAUGGUGUACCUCAAGCUGUCAAACAUUAGGAACCCUAACUAUAUACAUAAACACAUAUAAAUAUUAUUUUCUCAUCUUCAAAAUUUUUAUUAUUUGGUAUUAGGUUUCAUCUUUUUUUUUUUUUUUGUACAGUGACAGUUUAGCAAACUGCAAAAUUUAUCUUCCAUUUUAGAACUUUUUGUAUUCAGCAUAAACAAAAUUGUUUAUAAUAGUUCCUAAUAUAUAUAUAUGUAUUAUAUAUUAAAAAAUUCCAAUGUGACGACUUGCCGUUUAUUGCUCAUCGGUGCUAUGCAAUUUACUAUUAUUAUUAUUUUUACUGUUUUUUUUUUUUUUUUUUUUGGUGUAAUUAUGAAAUAAAACAGGUCAAAAUUCCACAGAGAUUGGCUGCCAUUCACUGCCGCUGUGAUAUUAUCUUGGAAACAUUGAUCUAAAAUCCAGAUUACUCCACAUUAGUGUGUCAUUUCUGGAAGAAACUGAUAAUUUUUACUUAAAUUGAAUGAAAUUGCCUGUUUUUUAAUUAGAUUUUAACAACCAUGGCUUAGAAUUUUUUUUUUUGUAUUUAUAAUAGUCUACAUAACAAAUUCGAUUGUAAAUAGUAUGUUUUUAGAGUAUGGGAAUUCACAGACUUCCAUACUCAUAAUGUGUACUGUAUUUUUGUUUUAUUUUGAUGGGUAGGGACAUGCCAUUAAAUGGUCCUCAUUUGGUUUUAAGUGAAAUAAAAGAAUGUACAUGUUUUUGUAUGUUUCAU